CCCCUUUUCCCUCUGCGAUCGCAUGCAGCCAUGGUUGAAUCGUGGAUUUGUAGCGUAUUUCUCCCCCUUUCAAAGAAUUGUCGACCGUCCUUGUCGCUGCUCAUCAGAGUCUGGAAUCCAAUCGAGUUGACUGUCUCAUCUCAUUUCGAGUUUCGAGCCCUUGCUCUUCCUGGUUCUAAGUCCCUUGGUCCCGUCAGUCUCGUGCAAAUCCCUUGGCUCAAAUUGGGGGUCAACAGAUAGUCAGCUGCUGCAGCAGGGUGUGAUACCCCAAGUAGGCAAUAUACUACGGGGCAUAGCUACCGGAACGGCGUUGGCACUAUUCGCAUUCCACCAGAGAAAGGCCGCCUGUCAGGUAGCUGUGUAAUUAGGUAUGCGAACAUAGGCCAACGGACAAGGGAGAGAGCGAGAGAGCCUUGCUUGUUAGGACCGGUCACAAGACUCGGGAUGUCUACCGCCACUUCGCCUUCCCAACAAGAGCCGCCCUUCAUGGCUGCCACAACCCAUCAUCAGCACCAUCCCUCGUUGUCAGCCCUUUCCGAGACCUCGUCUGCCUCAACUCAUGUUUCCUACUCCGCGUUCCCUUUCUACGCUGAUCAGCCGCCACCCCUGAGCACCCCUCCGGCGUCUUCUGUUUCGGGAUCCAGGAACACAAAGGGCCUUGUCCUCAACAACGGUCGCAUUCCCGCCUCUCCAGUCCAAUCAAUUCGACGGAAGCCGCUGUCGGCAACCGCCUCGCCCAUUGCCACGCGGUAUUCCUCGGGCGAGCAUCUGGCCAGCGUUGUGAAGAGCCUGCCACGACCCGAGCAGAGAUACGACCGCUCCUUCUCCGUGGACAGCCCUACCGUCUACGAGUUCCCACACGCCCAAGUCCAGCCUAUGUCGCGGUCCCCUCGCUGGGAAUCUACAACGAAACUAACAUCAGGUGCGAGGGAUAUUGCGUUGCUCGAAAUCGCCACAGAGAAAUCUCCCGAAAAUCAGCUCCCUUCUGUUUCUACUUCUGGGAACACCGACUCGGCUGCUAUCGCGGCUGGAGCCAAACGCCAAGGAUCCGCUGACAGCCACGCUGCAGCCCUUCAAACAGCGCCGUCACACACGGAGGAUCAGACGCUGUACGACGAUCUAUUGGCUGACGAAGACGAAGACCCCCUCAGCGAUAACAUCUUGGACGGCUAUAAUUCUGAUUCGUCCCGUACUACUAAUACUACUCCUAAUCAUAAUAUGUCUUUACACAUAUCACGGAAGCCCAUACCACAACAGUUGACGCUCAAAUCAGACGAGGCGUCCUUAAUUCGAACGAAUAGUAACGAACUCAAAACUCCUAAUACGGACAAACCGUUGCCCAAGUCUCCCAACUCCAGACUCGUCACCUUCUUUGGCUGGGCAUCAUCACCCACUACAGAAGCCUCAGAGAAAGCCUACUCACCGCUUCCUUCACCCUUCAACUUCUCAAGAUCGGGUAGCCAGCCAGAUGCAUCACCAAUCACCACACUUGGUCCACAUUCAUCAUUUGACGCCAGCAAGGUUCAAGCCGAUUCCCCUGAUUCACGGGAGUAUUGCGAAUCGUACCUGGUUACCCCUUCAGCUGUAUCACCGGAUUCCACACAAAUCGACGAAAUGGAAGACGAGUUGAAGGCCAUCUCGGCCGAGUUGGCGGCAUCCAUUCGGCGCGAGAUAGAUUUGGAAGACCUGGUAGACAGGUUACAAGCAGAAAAGGAUAAUCCGACAGUGACUGGAAAUAAGAGGACUAGUGACUACUUCUCUGACUCAGGCUACAGUUCGGCUAAGUUUAGCGAAUAUGACCAAUCGAGAGAGGAGAUUGAGAAGAUACAGCGGAGGUCAGAGCAAGAAAAGGCGCAGCUCAGACUAGAGCUGACGACUAAAUUGCAAGAUGAGAGGCUAAAACGACAGAAAAUGGACGAACAAAUCAGGGACUUGUCAAGUAAGGCAUCACAAAUUGACCUGGAUGCGGUGAACGGUACAGACGCUGGUGAUCGCGUCAAGGAGCUGGAGGCGACCUGUGAAAAUCUGCGACGAAAGCUUUCUGAAGAACGGCAAGCCAAAGAUAACAUCGAGGACAUGUUUUCGGCACUUAAGGGAGAGCUUCGGGAUGCUGCUGACGAGCGAGAUAAUUUGCGGGACGAGAUUGUUCCACAGCUUCGAGCCCGUGUCGAGGGUCUCGAGAGCCAGGCUUCUGAGCUCGAGAAAAUGACUUAUGAAUCUACUAAGAUGCAACAGGAGCUUAAUAACCUGAGAAGCGAAAACUCAAAUUUGAAACAGGUGCAAAUGGAAAGCAUAUCCGAAGAAGGUGGAACUACAAGUGCGCCACUUUCUCGUUCUAAUUCUGUCGGUGGCUCACGUGCAUCCUUCAAGCUCCAACGACCACCCUCUGGUAUCUUUAGAUCCAAGACAGUUAAAUCUACAGAGUCUCGUGAUCAGCUUUCAGAACGCUUGAAGGAUGUUGAAGAACAACGUGACGCACUACACCGAGCACUCAAGAAUCUACUUGAGAGACAGGAACACCAAAACCGUGAGAACCAGAAGAAGAUUCGGGUUCUUGAGAUGGAGCGCGAUAGACUUCUGACUUCCUCGCCACAGAAAGCUGGAUUUCAGAGAGACAUUGGUAAACUCCGAGCUGAGAUCACUGUGUUGCGCCGAAGAGCCGAAGAGGCUUUGGAUCAGAAAUGGCAAGUCGAGAAAGGUCUAGCUGGUCUAAAAAUGGAUCUUGAUAAGGCAGAACAAGAGGUAGCCUACCUCCGUAAACUUCUCGAAGAGAAGGAUAUCCUUAUCCCUCCAACAUUUGCGCGUUUGAGUAGCGGUAGCGAUCAGUUUGCCACACCAGUCACUUCGGAAUCUCUCCUGGCCGCAUAUCAUGAUCUCCAGAAGACCCAUGCGGAGUCACUUGAGCGGGUCAAAAGCCUAGAAAUGGGUGCUAUGGGCGAUGAGAAGACUUUGGCGGCCAUGCAAAAGCUAGAGAAAGCUUUGUCAGUAGCUGUUUCAGAGCGUGACCUUGCUCAGCAUGAAGUAACAUCGUACAAGGAACGGCUUGCCUCGCUCAAAGCCGAAGAGCUUGCCCAUCUCACUUCGGAGAAAGCUCUGGCGAAUGAGCUCCAGGAAUCAGCGCGUCGUGUAGAAGAGCUAGCUAUCCAAGUUCAACAGCAACUUUCGACCAACCAGCAACUACGCUCACGGAUUGCUGAUACUAUAGCAAGAGGUGACGCUGAUCAGAAGGCUAACGCGGAGCGGAUCACGACUAUGCAAGCGCAUUUGCGGUCUCUGGAAGAGAAACUAGAAGCAGCACAAGCGGCAUCGGAAGAUCGAGUUGCCCAUCAUGAGGAAGAGAUAUCAAACCUCAAAGAAAGCCAUAACGUACAGCUUACGAGGCUUCGUGAUGGUCUACGCUCACCGCGCAUUUUUCCCGAUAAAUCUCCACUAUCACCUUUAUUCUCGGCUCCGGGUGCAUUAUCGCCUCGUCUCAGCAUUACGCGUUCUGGGCCAGCCAUGAAUGUCUCCGAAGAAACUCAGAUCGACAACCUCAAAGCACGUGUGGCAGAGCUAGAGAAUGCGCUCAUGGAUGCCGACGUGGAGAUGCAGCAAGUGGUCGGACGCAUGAACACAGCGCAAAUCGAGGUCCUCCAGUUACAGGAGGAGCGUGAAGCUGCUAUAAACCAGACACGAAAAUUGGAGAGGGAGCUGAAGACGGAGAAAAUUAAAUCCUUCGAAGAACGAUUCAAGAGUCUUCAGUCAUAAUAAAUUCACGAAGAACCUAAAUCAUCAUGGACGGCGCAUUACUUAUAUGUUUGAUUGAGCAUUUACCAGCGUUGGACAGCGGCAUCGUUUUCUCUUGGCUCACGAUGAUAAGCACUGUCUCUGGAAUAAUACCCGGCCUUGGCAUACCAGCAUGCCCAAUCGUACUCUAUCGCCAUACUUGUAUAUUGUCUUUUAUCACGGCAUGGGGAAAACUUUUAUGUGCCUAAUGUUUUACACUUAGUACUUAGUACUUUAUUUAUAUGUACCUAUAUUGGAGAAUGGUGAAGCAGGAUGAACACAAAAGAGGGAUUACGCGAAAAGCGCACAUAGGUCAAUAGGUUUGGGUUGGUAGGUGAUGGAUGAAAUCAACCUACAGCAUUGUAAUAGGCUGGCUGAAUACAAGGGGUGUGUAUACUUAUUAUUAUCAUGAACUAUUUGCGACUGCGUGAUAUAUGGCUACUCUAGUCUGAAG